AUCUUCAAUCAAGAAUGCCUAUUCUCUCAUGUGCAUUCUCAUUGUAAACUAAAAGUAUUAGUUACUUCUCAUUUUUUCAUUCGUCUGUGUUGAGCACGUCCGAUAUCUAAAUAAAAUGGCUAGAGGUUUACGGAGCAAGCGGGAGAGGCGAAACCGCGCCGCCAUUCGUGACAAGCGUUCGACAUGGCGCAGAGAACAGUUGGAAAAAGUCCUGAACUCCAAAGACACUCCUGCGAUGCCCGUUGAGAGUGUUUCUGUAAAAGAUGAAGACAUGGCUGUCCCUGAUCCAGCGGUGACUGCAGCAACUGGUGCAGUGAAGGGUGAGGAGGCAAUGGGAGUAGACACCAAGCCCAAGCAACCAUACAUUCACUUUACGCACUCAGAGCGCAAGCAUAUGAAGAAGAAGAUGAGGCAUCAAGACGAGACGAAGCGCCGCAAGGUCAUGAAGAAGAUCAUGAAGACUAAACUGAAGACGACCAAUGUCACGUAAUAAAGAUAUAUUUAAAGAAGUGUGACGGGUUUGGUGAGAUGAACAAUUUCAUGAGGGACUGCUGCAUCUCUGGCUCUCUCUCUGCGUUUGUGUUCGCCGCGCUGAGUUAUGCUUGUAGAUUCGGUGGAGUGACGGCACGUUGCGUGCUUGUUGCUCGCUCAUGUGCAUUGUGCUUCCGUGGAGUCAGCAUUGGCUUGUGUUUGGUGGGCGUAGGGCUGGAAUCCACACACCGACGUCAUUGCUUUCCUAUGGCUGCGUACGGGGUGAUCUGGUCACCAUGGUCACCGCAGAUUACCCCUGAUGGUGUAGAGGAGUGCAUUGUGACCAGCCACGAGUACUCUAGUACGUUAUGCUGUCAUCGCAGUUGAUUUUAUGCAGAGCUCAGAUACGCCAGCGUAACAGAAUAGUGUGAUUGAGCACCCCUUAUCGCUCACUAUUUGUUUUCUGUCUUCCCCCCCCCCCCCCCCCCCCCGGAGUAAGUUUGUGUGACUAAGACUCCAAGACUGGUGCCAGGUCAGGUGAGCCCCACAAAGGCACAAACCCAUGCGCUCUUGUGCUCAUUGUUGCUCAGAGCAGCCUCUGGUCUCCUGUCUGGUAUUGAAUUCAACCACCCUUCCCGCUA